GAAAGUGUGGACUACGGGCCAGUGUUUGUACAAGAACCAGAUGACAUCAUUUUCCCAACUGAUUCUGAUGAGAAGAAGGUAGCAUUGAAUUGUGAAGUUCGUGGCAACCCAGUUCCCAGCUACAGAUGGCUUCGGAAUGGAACAGAAAUAGAUUUGGAAAGUGAUUACCGCUAUAGUUUGAUAGAUGGCACCUUCAUCAUAAACAAUCCAAAUGAAGCAAAGGACUCUGGUCAUUAUCAGUGUUUAGGAACCAACACCUUUGGAAGUAUUCUGAGUAGAGAAGCCACACUUCAGUUUGCCUAUCUGGGAAAUUUUAGUGGCCGGACAAGAAGUGCAGUCUCUGUGAGGGAAGGCCAGGGGGUUGUUCUGAUGUGCUCUCCUCCGCCUCAUUCACCAGAGAUCAUCUAUAGCUGGGUGUUUAAUGAGUUCCCUUCUUUUGUGGCGGAAGACAGCCGGCGGUUCAUUUCCCAGGAGACAGGCAACCUUUAUAUUUCUAAAGUGCAAACCUCAGAUGUCGGCAGCUAUAUUUGUCUGGUGAAAAACACAGUGACGAAUGCUCGAGUACUUAGUCCUCCAACACCACUCACUCUACGAAAUGAUGGUGUGAUGGGAGAAUAUGAGCCGAAAAUUGAGGUGCAUUUUCCUUUCACGGUUACAGCUGCUAGGGGAACAACUGUUAAGAUGGAGUGCUUUGCACUUGGCAACCCCGUUCCAACAAUCACAUGGAUGAAGGUUAAUGGUUAUAUUCCUAUUAAGUCACGUCUGCGGAAAUCUCAGGCAGUGCUGGAAAUACCGAAUGUGCAACUGGAUGAUGCAGGCAUAUAUGAGUGCAGAGCUGAAAACUCUCGUGGAAAAAAUUCUUUUCGUGGACAAUUACAAAUAUACACCUUCCCACACUGGUUAGAGAAACUGAACGACACUCAAUUAGACAGUGGGAGCCCUCUCCGAUGGGAAUGUAAAGCCACUGGAAAGCCUAGGCCCACAUAUCGGUGGCUGAAGAAUGGAGUACCACUCUUACCUCAGAGUAGGGUUGACAUGGUUAAUGGAGUAUUGAUGAUCCGCAACGUGAAUCAAUCAGAUGCUGGGAUGUAUCAGUGUUUGGCUGAAAAUAAGUAUGGAGCCAUUUAUGCAAGUGCUGAACUGAAGAUUCUAGCUUCAGCUCCCACCUUUGCACUGAAUCAAGUGAAGAAAACAAUAAUUAUCACCAAAGACCGAGAAGUGAUAAUAGAGUGCAAACCUGAAGGCUCUCCCAAGCCCACCAUCUCUUGGAAGAAGGGAGAUAAAGCAGUAAGAGAAAACAAAAGAAUAGCUAUUCUUCCAGACGGGAGCCUACGGAUACUAAAUGUUUCUAAGUCAGAUGAAGGGAAGUACGUUUGCCGAGGGGAAAACAUCUUUGGUUCUGCUGAAAUAAUAGCAUCUGUAUCUGUAAAAGAACCUACAAGGAUAGAACUUACUCCUAAAAGAACAGAGUUAACUGUUGGAGAAAGUAUAGUCCUUAAUUGCAAAGCAAUUCAUGAUGCUAGUUUGGAUGUCACUUUCUACUGGACGCUAAAAGGACAGCCUAUUGAUUUCGAGAAAGAAGGUGGACAUUUUGAAAGCAUCAGGGCCCAAGCAUCCUCUGCAGAUUUAAUGAUCAGGAACAUCCUUCUGAUGCAUGCUGGGAGAUAUGGCUGCAGGGUACAGACCACAGCAGACAGUGUGUCAGAUGAGGCAGAACUUCUUGUUAGGGGUCCCCCAGGUCCACCUGGAAUAGUAAUUGUGGAGGAAAUCACCGACAGCACAGCCACACUCUCCUGGAGUCCAGCAGCUGACAACCACAGCCCAAUCUCCUCCUAUAACCUGCAGGCUCGCAGCCCCUUCUCCUUGGGCUGGCAAACUGUAAAAACAGUCCCAGAAAUCAUAACAGGAGAUAUGGAGUCAGCCAUGGCAGUGGACUUAAACCCCUGGGUGGAAUAUGAGUUUCGUGUAGUAGCCACCAAUCCAAUUGGGACUGGAGAUCCAAGCACCCCAUCUCGGAUGAUCCGCACAAAUGAGGCAGUUCCAAAGACAGCGCCCACCAAUGUCAGUGGAAGAAGUGGAAGAAGGCAUGAGCUGGUCAUCGCCUGGGAGCCAGUAUCUGAAGAGUUUCAGAAUGGGGAAGGCUUUGGUUAUAUUGUGGCUUUUAGACCCAAUGGAACACGUGGCUGGAAGGAAAAAAUGGUGACAUCCUCUGAAGCAUCCAAAUUUAUUUAUAGAGAUGAAAGCGUCCCUCCCCUUACACCCUUUGAAGUAAAGGUUGGCGUUUAUAACAAUAAAGGAGAUGGACCUUUCAGUCAAAUCGUGGUUAUCUGUUCAGCUGAAGGAGAACCCAGUGCUGCUCCCACGGAUGUCAAGGCUACAAGUGUGUCUGUGUCAGAGAUUCUUGUUGCAUGGAAACAUAUUAAAGAGAGUCUAGGAAGACCACAGGGAUUUGAGGUUGGUUACUGGAAAGACAUGGAACAAGAAGAUGCAGCAGAAACAGUCAAAACUAGGGGGAAUGAGUCAUUUAUCAUCCUGACAGGAUUAGAAGGAAAUACGUUAUAUCACUUCACAGUGCGGGCUUACAAUGGAGCGGGAUACGGGCCACCUAGCAGUGAAGUGAGUGCAACCACCAAGAAAUCCCCCCCCAGUCAAGCACCUAGCAACCUCCAGUGGGAGCAACAAGGCUCUCAGGUGUCUCUGGGCUGGGAGCCGGUCAGACCUUUAGCCAAUGAAUCAGAAGUCAUGGGUUACAAGGUUUUUUAUAGGCAAGAGGGUCACAGCAACAGUCAAGUCAUUGAAACGCAGAAACCUCAAGCAGUAGUACCACUCCCCGAUGCUGGAGUCUAUAUUAUUGAAGUCCGAGCAUACAGUGAAGGAGGGGAUGGAACAGCUAGUUCCCAAAUCAGGGUACCAUCGUAUUCAGGUGGGAAAAUCACAAGCGCUCAGCCAACCCUGCACACUCUCUCCACAUCAUCAUCAGUAACAUUGCUCUUGGCAUUGAUGAUUCCUUCAAAUUCCUGGUGAAAGCUGCCGACUUAAUUUGAUUUUCUUUGCUCUAGCUUGAGAACAGCAGUGAAUAGAGUGUAGUUAAUUGGAGACCCAGGACCCUGAGAUAAGCUUUAAAACUUGGGACUACACAUGGUGCACUUACAGGAGGUCGGGAGGAAAAUAUUACUUAUCCAUCAGGUUUCUCUUUGGUUUUUGUAAAUGGAAAGGACAGUUCUUGGUCCAAUAAAAAUAUGCAGAUUGUAUGUAAUGAAUUUUUGUAAGCAAAGGUAAUUUCUGUCAAAUGUAUUCUGAAUUUUUUUAAUAUGUUGGAAUUUGAUUUUAUAUCUGAUGACUCUGAGUAUGUGCCAUCCAUUUGUUAAGUGGUAACUAGCAGGUCCGUUUCAAAAACAAAUACAAAACCAAGAAUGAAAAGUUUGUUUAGACUCUGAGUCCAGUGUUUUUAUUUUCUAUUCAGCUAACUAUUCCAAUUGCCAAACCAGCAGGAGAUAUGAAAAAUACUUCAGUUAUGUGGCCCAUUAAAGGAUA